AUGGUACAUUUAUGGCUUCGUGCUGAAACAAAAGCUGAUGAACAUCGAGCAGCUUUAACACCAAAUACAAGCAAACAAUUAAUUCAAAAUGGUAGCUUUAAAAUCACAGUAGAAAAAUCUACGCAACGUAUUUUUGAUGAUGAAGAGUAUGAAAGAAUUGGUUGUACACUAGUUCAAUCUGGAACUUGGAAAGCAGCUCCAUCCGACACUUACAUAAUAGGUUUAAAGGAAUUACCAGAAAAUGACGAUUCACCUCUUUCUCAUACACAUAUUUAUUUUGCACAUUGUUAUAAGAAUCAAUCUGGUUGGCAAAAUGUUCUAAAAAGGUUUAUCAAUGGCAAAGGAUUGCUUCUUGAUUUAGAGUUUUUAAAUGAUGAAAAAGGUCGUCGUGUUGCUGCAUUUGGUUAUCAUGCGGGGUUUGCUGGAGCAGCUAUUGGACUAGAUGUUUGGGCACAACAAAUUCUUCACCCCAAACAAAAAUAUCCAAGUGUUAACCCAUAUCCAAAUGAGGAUGAUUUAAUUAAACACAUAAAAAAUCGGUUGAAUGGAGCUGUAGUGCAUAGUGGAGUUUCACCUCGUAUUUUGAUUAUGGGAGCAUUAGGUAGAUGUGGUAAAGGUGCAUGUGAUAUUUCUCAUAAUGUUGGAAUGGACAAAGAAAAUAUUAUUAAAUGGGAUAUUGAAGAAACAAAAAAAGGAGGUCCAUUUUCAGAAAUUCUUGAUGUUGAUAUAUUUGUUAAUUGUAUCUAUCUUAGUCAAAACAUUCCUCCUUUCAUUACAAAAGAAAUGCUUGAUCAAAAAAGGAACCUUUCAGUGAUUGUAGAUGUCAGUUGUGAUAUAACAAAUCCCAAUAACCCUGUUCCUGUUUACAACAUUAGUACCACAUUUAAAAAUCCAACAGAAUUGAUUGAAACAAAGAAUCCAAAGCCUCUUGAAGUUAUUUCUAUCGAUCAUUUGCCAACUUUGCUUCCUAAAGAGAGUAGUGAACAAUUUAGUAAAGAUUUAUUGCCUAGUUUAUUGGAAUUACAAAAUAGAACAAAUUCAAAUGUAUGGUUGAAUGCUGAAAAAUUAUUUGUUGAGAAAGUUGCUUUGAAUUAUUUUAAUGGGGAUUUAACCACCCAUGAUGCUAAUAUCUUAAAUUUCAUCAGGCAACAAUUUACCGAAGAAAACAUCUUAUAUGAUUCUAAGCUCACUGAAGGACUUGCUAAACUGAAUACUGAACUUAAUGCAUGUGAUGCUAACUUCACUGCGGAGGCGCAGAGAAUCUUGUCGCUGAUUAAUUCUUUUACCACGAGACUUGAUGAAAUUGAACAAGUUCUUGAAUGCUACAAUAACCACUUUGAUCAGCAAAGUGAAACGAACCUAUCUGAAGCUUCUUCCAAUUCACACAAUUCCUCUAUUAAUUCUUCUUGUUCUAAUUCCUCUGCUAGUUCUUCAGGAAUUACAUUAACUAUCUGGACUUGCUUUAAACAGAUCUUUGAUAGGGAUAUGGCUCAGAGAAGAUAUACUUUUGACGAAAUGUGUUAUUCCGUAGCCAUGCGCAUUCGUGAACUUGGAGGAGAUAUUAGGCAAUCAACGAUCAAAAACUUUUAUAAUAGAAGUAGUAGUUGUAAAUCAAAUACUGUGGACCAAAUUGGUUCAUGGAUAGAUAGUAUGGAGUAG